GUUUUCUGGCGGCGCCGUGGGUUCGCUUCUUUGCCACGCGCGCUCUCUGCGCCAUGGGCGCGGGUCAUGGGCGCGGUCUGCUGCGUGAAGGAGCGUUUGGAGCUCGGCGAGCCGCUGCCUUUGGCGCAAGAUGACCUGAACGGCGGGCGGAGGGCGGCGGAUGUGGUGAGCUUGAAGGACGUCUUCGCGGAGGAGGUGGCUUUUCAGAUCGCCAGCGACCGCCGGCAGCAGGCGGAGUCUGCCAGUUGGCUCACCGUUUUCUACGAGCUCCGGCCGCCUGCUUCCGACGCGGGCGCUGCUGGCGCCGGCGCUGGCGCGCGCGCGAGUUCGGUCGGGGCCGCGGCCACGGUGGCAGUGCACCGGAAGACAGGGGUGCCCAGGCAGCUGUGCAGCUUCCGGAAGCCUUAUGCCCCGGCGGCCCAGGAACGUUUGCACUCCUGCAUCCUGGCGCUGCAGAGGCUCAGCGAGAGCCGGGUGGCCAAGGUUUUGGAGGUCUUUGAGGAUUACAUGAACAUCCACACCAUCCAGGAGCUGUGCACUGGGGGCUCCAUCUACGAGCGGAUCUUGGAGCGGCAGUACUUCACGGAGCAGGAGGCCGCGGUGCUGGUGAAGCACAUGCUGCAGGCGCUGCUGCCUUUGCACGAGAACCAGCUCUUCCACGGCAGUUUGAGCCCCGAGAGCUUCCGGUUCCUCAACGGCUCCCCCCACGCGCCCUUGAAGCUGGUGGACUUUGGGCUGGAGCUCAAGGCUGAAUGA